UGGGUGACGUUGUCAUACGGUGCACUAAUGCCACACUCCUUUAGUCGGUAAGCUACACAUACUGGAGGAGCUGAUAUCAUUGUCCAUUAUAGUGGAGGACAGGCUAUGCUAAUGCUGAUGCCAUGUCUCGAUGUCCCUGUCCACAUAUCCGCUGCCGGUACUGUAAAAGAGGGAGGCCCAGGAGGUCAUUAGGACUAGACCCUAAAAGAGACCCACCAGGCAGCUGGAGAAACGUAAAACUGCAGCUCAGAGGAGAUCACAUCAUUCUGCAUAAAGUUAAGGAAUUAGUCAUGGCUGAAGAAGGAAAUAGCACAUGCUAUGAUAUCACCACUGUGGACCAUUUCCAGCUUUAUCUUGAAAAGUCAGGAGAGCACUCAGCCAUCCUCCAGAGUGUUCAAAGUGUCCUGCCAAAGAAUUUCAGAGAAUUGCUGCGGGAUAAAAGCAGCGUUAAUGUUCUUGGUGUUGGAAGCGGUGGAGGUGAGAUGGACGUCCAGCUGCUCUCCCUGAUGCAGACGGAGAUCCCUGCUGUUCCCAUCAGUGCUGACGUUGAGGGCAGCUCUAAACUCAUCGACUGCUUCAAAGCUUUGGUAGCAAAGACGCCUCAAAUGCAGACGAUCCCGUUUUCUUGGCAGUCAAGUGAAGAGUACGAGAAGCUGGUGAAAACCAAAGGAGACGUGAAGAAAUUUGAUUUUAUUCACAUGAUUCAGAUUAUAUACUAUGUGGAAAGUCUGGAGAAAACCCUCAAGUUUUACCACAGCCUUCUGAAAAAUAACGGCAGGCUGAUGAUCAUCGUUGAAGCAGCCCACAGCGGCUGGGACAUCCUGUGGAAGACUUACAGGAAGGAGCUGUGCGGCGGGAGCUUGUCAGAGUACCGCUCCUCCUCCGAGGUCGUCACCUGCCUGAAGAGUCUGGGUCUUAACUUUGAGGAGCAUUUAGUUCCCAACACCUUUGACAUCACCGAGUGCUUUGAUUCAAAGAGUGUCCCCGGCGACCGUCUGCUGAGCUUCAUGACGGCGACGGACCGCUUCCGGGAGUCCUUCACCCCAGAGAUCAGAGCAGGCAUCUUAGAGCUGCUCAGGAACACGUGCAGCACUGAGAAGGAGGGCAGAGUGUUCUUCAACAGCAAUCUGAGCUGCAUUCUUGUUCAUGCUUGAGCGCGUCUUUGUGAAAAGGCUUCAUUCAGCAAAAAAAAGAGAAUAAAUACUGUUUGGACAA